UGACUUCAGUAGUCUUGUAACAGACCCUUCUUUGCAUCCCAGAGGCUGGGUGGACUUUUAUAGGAGAGGGUUGGAUUUCACAAGGGAUGGUUCCUAAGAAGACUGGAAGAGGCUGGUAUACAGUUGCCUCAAUCCAUCAGUACAGUGGUUUAGGGAGUAAAUGUUCCUGCUUUGGUGUUUGUCUCCUCCCGGAGAUAGGACGACACAUUUGUGCUUUGUUGUGUAAACUUGUGCAUGGCUGUGUCCUUCCUGGGUUAAAUUAAGCCUCAUGAAAGUCCUGGUACGUCAGGAUUGUCUGCCUUGAUUCUACAGGAUCCACUUGCGUGCUGUUGCAGGGUAACAUCUGGACUGGGCUCCUGGACCCUUGGAUGCUUGGCUGCAAGUUCCUGGAUCGACUUGGAGAAAACAGUAUUGCUGCUGAAGGAUUCUCAGAUGCUUCAGGGAAAUCGAUUUCACAUAAACUGAGAAUUUAGACACUCUAAGUGAGAGUCCUCAAAUCUCCUGGAAAAAUGGUGGCUCUGUCCUUAAAGAUUUGUGUCCGCCACUGCAAUGUGGUCAAGACCAUGCAGUUUGAGCCAUCAACGGCUGUGUACGAUGCGUGUCGAGUCAUUCGAGAAAGGGUACCCGAGGCGCAAACUGGCCAAGCGUCUGACUAUGGGCUAUUUCUCUCGGAUGAAGACCCCAGGAAAGGAAUUUGGCUGGAAGCAGGCAGAACACUGGAUUACUACAUGUUGAGAAAUGGGGAUAUUUUGGAAUAUAAAAAGAAACAGAGACCUCAGAAAAUUCGGAUGCUUGAUGGAUCCGUGAAGACGGUGAUGGUGGACGACUCCAAGACGGUCGGGGAACUCCUGGUUACUAUCUGCAGCAGGAUAGGAAUUACAAAUUAUGAAGAAUAUUCUUUAAUCCAAGAAACAAUUGAAGAAAAGAAAGAAGAAGGGACGGGUACACUAAAAAAAGACAGGACACUGUUAAGAGAUGAGAGGAAGAUGGAGAAGCUGAAGGCCAAGCUUCACACGGAUGACGACUUAAAUUGGCUGGAUCACAGCCGAACAUUCAGAGAACAAGGAGUAGAUGAAAAUGAAACACUGCUGCUUAGACGGAAGUUCUUUUACUCUGAUCAGAAUGUGGACUCAAGAGACCCCGUGCAGCUGAACUUGCUCUAUGUUCAGGCUCGGGAUGAUAUCCUGAAUGGCUCCCACCCUGUCUCCUUCGAGAAAGCAUGUGAGUUUGGUGGAUUUCAAGCCCAGAUUCAAUUCGGACCUCAUGUGGAGCAUAAACACAAGCCUGGAUUCUUAGAUCUAAAAGAAUUCCUGCCCAAAGAAUACAUCAAGCAGAGAGGAGCUGAAAAGAGAAUAUUUCAGGAGCACAAGAACUGUGGAGAGAUGAGCGAAAUAGAAGCCAAAGUCAAGUAUGUCAAAUUGGCCCGGUCCCUUCGGACAUAUGGGGUGUCCUUCUUCCUGGUGAAGGAAAAGAUGAAAGGGAAGAACAAGCUGGUGCCUCGCCUGCUGGGGAUCACAAAGGACUCAGUGAUGCGUGUGGAUGAAAAGACCAAGGAAGUGUUGCAGGAGUGGCCACUGACCACGGUCAAGCGCUGGGCAGCCUCACCCAAGAGCUUCACACUGGAUUUUGGGGAGUAUCAGGAAAGCUACUACUCCGUACAGACCACUGAAGGAGAGCAAAUAUCCCAGCUGAUUGCAGGCUACAUUGACAUCAUCCUCAAAAAGAAACAAAGUAAAGAUAGAUUUGGACUGGAGGGCGAUGAGGAGUCAACUAUGUUAGAAGAAUCUGUCUCCCCUAAAAAGUCCACCAUCCUGCAGCAGCAGUUCAAUCGCACCGGGAAGGUGGAGCAUGGUUCGGUGGCGCUGCCAGCUGUAAUGCGCUCUGGCUCCAGCGGGCCUGAGACCUUCAAUGUUGGCAGCAUGCCCUCCCCACAGCAGCAGGUCAUGGUUGGGCAGAUGCACCGCGGCCACAUGCCCCCGCUGACCUCAGCCCAGCAGGCCCUCAUGGGGACCAUCAACACGAGCAUGCAUGCUGUCCAGCAGGCCCAGGAUGACCUCAGCGAGCUCGACUCCCUGCCACCUCUCGGCCAGGAUAUGGCGUCUAGGGUGUGGGUUCAGAAUAAAGUGGAUGAAUCCAAACACGAAAUCCACUCUCAAGUCGAUGCCAUCGCAGCUGGAACCGCGUCAGUUGUUAACCUCACAGCCGGUGAUCCCGCGGACACCGACUACACUGCCGUGGGAUGCGCCAUCACCACCAUUUCUUCCAACCUGACGGAGAUGUCCAAGGGCGUGAAGCUGCUAGCAGCCCUCAUGGAUGACGAGGUGGGCAGCGGGGAGGACUUGCUCAGAGCCGCGAGGACCCUCGCCGGGGCUGUGUCAGAUUUGCUGAAAGCUGUGCAGCCAACUUCUGGAGAGCCUCGACAGACAGUUUUGACCGCCGCUGGAAGCAUAGGACAAGCCAGCGGGGAUCUUCUGCGGCAGAUCGGAGAGAAUGAGACUGACGAGCGAUUCCAGGACGUUUUAAUGAGUUUGGCUAAAGCUGUUGCCAAUGCUGCUGCCAUGUUGGUACUAAAGGCAAAGAAUGUUGCCCAAGUGGCUGAGGACACGGUCCUGCAGAACAGGGUGAUCGCUGCGGCCACCCAGUGCGCCCUCUCUACCUCCCAGCUAGUGGCGUGCGCCAAGGUCGUGAGCCCCACCAUCAGCUCCCCCGUGUGCCAGGAGCAGCUGAUUGAAGCAGGGAAGCUUGUGGAUCGCUCAGUAGAAAACUGCGUCCGCGCCUGCCAGGCGGCCACCGACGACACUGAGCUGCUGAAGCAGGUCAGCGCGGCUGCCAGUGUGGUCAGCCAGGCCCUCCACGAUCUCCUGCAGCACGUACGCCAGUUCGCCAGCCGAGGCGAGCCCAUCGGUCGCUACGACCAGGCCACCGACACCAUCAUGUGUGUCACCGAGAGCAUCUUCAGCUCCAUGGGCGAUGCUGGUGAAAUGGUACGCCAGGCCCGGGUCCUGGCCCAGGCCACCUCAGACCUCGUCAACGCCAUGAGGUCAGACGCGGAAGCGGAAAUCGACAUGGAGAAUUCCAAGAAGCUCCUGGCAGCAGCUAAACUCUUGGCUGACUCCACAGCUCGCAUGGUGGAGGCUGCAAAGGGGGCUGCAGCCAACCCUGAGAACGAGGACCAGCAGCAAAGGCUGAGAGAAGCUGCCGAAGGUCUCCGGGUGGCAACCAAUGCUGCGGCCCAGAAUGCUAUUAAGAAAAAGAUCGUCAACCGACUGGAGGUUGCAGCCAAGCAGGCUGCGGCUGCAGCCACACAGACCAUCGCCGCCUCCCAGAACGCAGCCAUGUCCAACAAGAACCCUGCGGCCCAGCAGCAGCUGGUGCAGAGCUGCAAGGCGGUGGCUGAUCACAUUCCUCAGCUGGUCCAGGGGGUCAGAGGGAGCCAAGCUCAAGCAGAAGACCUGAGCGCCCAGCUGGCUCUCAUCAUCUCCAGCCAGAACUUCCUCCAGCCUGGAAGCAAGAUGGUAUCCUCUGCCAAAGCUGCAGUGCCCACCGUCAGCGACCAGGCUGCAGCCAUGCAACUGAGCCAGUGUGCCAAGAACCUCGCCACCAGCUUGGCAGAGCUGCGUACCGCCUCACAGAAGGCCCACGAAGCCUGUGGUCCCAUGGAAAUCGAUUCAGCACUGAGCACCGUGCAGACCCUGAAGAGUGAACUGCAGGACGCCAAGAUGGCGGCUGUGGAGAGUCAGCUGAAGCCACUCCCCGGGGAGACGCUGGAAAAAUGUGCUCAGGACCUGGGAAGUACAUCUAAAGCAGUAGGCUCCUCCAUGGCGCAGCUCCUGACCUGUGCUGCUCAAGGCAAUGAGCACUACACAGGUGAGACUCGCCUUCAUGAUGCCCUGAGGCCAGGGGUGGCUGCUCGAGAGACAGCCCAAGCUCUGAAAACGCUGGCCCAGGCUGCCCGGGGCGUGGCUGCAUCCACGAGUGACCCGGCGGCUGCGCGCGCCAUGUUGGAUUCCGCCCGGGACGUGAUGGAGGGCUCGGCCAUGCUCAUCCAAGAGGCCAAGCAGGCCCUGAUUGCACCCGGAGACGCCGAGAGUCAGCAGAGACUAGCACAGGUGGCCAAAGCCGUUUCUCACUCCUUGAAUAACUGCGUGAACUGUCUCCCUGGGCAGAAGGAUGUGGAUGUGGCCUUGAAGAGCAUUGGGGAGUCGAGCAAGAAGCUGCUGGUGGACUCGUUACCGCCAAGCACAAAGCCCUUCCAGGAAGCCCAGAGUGAACUGAACCAAGCAGCCGCCGAUCUGAACCAGUCUGCGGGGGAAGUGGUCCACGCCACCCGGGGCCAGAGCGGAGAGCUGGCCGCAGCCUCCGGGAAGUUCAGUGAUGACUUCGAUGAGUUCCUUGAUGCUGGCAUUGAGAUGGCAGGCCAGGCACAGACGAAAGAAGACCAGAUCCAGGUCAUAGGGAACCUCAAGAAUAUCUCCAUGGCCUCCAGCAAGCUACUGUUAGCUGCCAAAUCUCUCUCCGUAGACCCAGGAGCCCCCAAUGCGAAAAAUCUCCUGGCUGCAGCUGCAAGAGCUGUGACUGAGAGCAUCAACCAGCUCAUCACGCUGUGCACGCAGCAAGCUCCUGGCCAGAAGGAAUGUGAUAACGCCCUGCGGGAACUCGAGACUGUCAAGGGGAUGUUGGACAAUCCCAAUGAACCCGUCAGUGACCUCUCUUACUUUGACUGCAUCGAGAGUGUGAUGGAAAACUCCAAGGUUCUGGGAGAGUCGAUGGCAGGGAUUUCGCAGAAUGCCAAAACCGGGGACCUCCCUGCCUUUGGGGAGUGUGUGGGGAUUGCGUCCAAGGCUCUCUGUGGGCUGACGGAGGCUGCAGCCCAGGCUGCUUACCUGGUCGGCGUCUCUGAUCCAAACAGCCAGGCAGGCCACCAGGGCCUUGUGGAUCCCAUCCAGUUUGCCAGGGCCAACCAGGCUAUCCAGAUGGCGUGCCAGAACCUGGUGGAUCCUGGCAGCAGCCCGUCACAGGUUUUGUCCGCUGCCACGAUUGUCGCCAAGCACACCUCAGCCCUGUGCAACGCCUGCCGAAUCGCCUCAUCCAAGACGGGCAACCCCGUGGCCAAGAGGCACUUCGUCCAGUCCGCCAAGGAGGUCGCCAACAGCACCGCCAACCUGGUGAAGACCAUAAAGGCCCUGGAUGGGGACUUCUCCGAGGACAACCGCAGCAAGUGUCGCGUCGCCACCGCCCCCUUGAUCGCAGCCGUGGAGAACUUGACGGCAUUCGCCUCCAACCCUGAGUUUGUCAGCGUUCCCGCCCAGAUCAGCUCCGAGGGCUCCCAGGCACAGGAACCAAUCCUGGUCUCAGCCAAGACUAUGCUGGAAAGCUCAUCGUACCUCAUCCGCACUGCCCGCUCACUGGCCAUCAAUCCCAAAGACCCGCCCACCUGGUCUGUGCUAGCCGGACAUUCCCACACUGUGUCUGACUCUAUCAAGAGUCUCAUCACGUCCAUCAGGGACAAGGCCCCGGGACAGAGAGAGUGUGACUUCUCCAUCGACAGCAUCAACCGGUGCAUCCGGGACAUCGAGCAGGCCUCGCUGGCGGCCGUCAGCCAGAGCUUGGCCACGAGGGAUGACAUCUCCGUGGAGGCCUUACAGGAGCAGCUGACUUCAGUGGUCCAGGAAAUCGGGCACCUUAUCGAUCCCAUUGCCACAGCGGCUCGGGGAGAAGCAGCUCAGCUGGGACAUAAGGUGACACAGCUGGCGAGCUACUUUGAGCCCUUGAUCUUAGCUGCAGUGGGUGUCGCCUCCAAGAUUCUGGACCAUCAGCAGCAGAUGACGGUGCUGGACCAGACCAAGACGCUCGCAGAGUCUGCCCUGCAGAUGCUGUAUGCAGCCAAGGAAGGCGGAGGAAACCCCAAGGCACAGCACACCCACGAUGCCAUCACGGAGGCCGCCCAGCUCAUGAAAGAGGCCGUGGACGACAUCAUGGUGACGCUGAAUGAAGCUGCCAGUGAAGUGGGGUUGGUGGGAGGUAUGGUUGACGCCAUCGCAGAAGCCAUGAGCAAGCUGGAUGAAGGUUCUCCUCCAGAACCGAAGGGGACGUUUGUCGACUAUCAGACGACGGUGGUUAAAUACUCCAAAGCUAUCGCGGUAACAGCUCAGGAAAUGAUGACUAAGUCGGUUACUAACCCGGAGGAGUUGGGAGGACUGGCUUCACAAAUGACCAGUGACUAUGGGCACCUGGCUCUCCAGGGCCAGCUGGCAGCAGCCACGGCGGAACCAGAGGAGAUCGGCUUCCAGAUUCGCACUCGGGUACAGGACCUGGGCCACGGCUGCAUCUUCCUGGUGCAGAAGGCGGGGGCCCUCCAGGUGUGCCCCACGGACAGCUACACCAAGAGGGAGCUGAUUGAGUGUGCCCGCACUGUCACAGAGAAGGUAUCCUUGGUGCUGUCCGCUCUCCAGGCUGGGAACAAGGGGACCCAGGCUUGCAUCACAGCUGCCACUGCCGUGUCCGGGAUCAUCGCCGACCUGGACACCACCAUCAUGUUUGCGACUGCAGGGACGCUGAAUGCAGAGAACAACGAGACAUUCGCAGACCACAGGGAGAACAUUCUGAAGACAGCCAAGGCCUUGGUGGAAGACACAAAAUUGCUGGUGUCGGGCGCUGCGUCCACUCCAGACAAGCUGGCCCAGGCAGCUCAGUCCUCUGCAGCCACCAUCACCCAGCUCGCUGAGGUGGUCAAGCUGGGGGCCGCCAGCCUGGGCUCUGAUGACCCCGAGACCCAGGUAGUGUUGAUCAAUGCCAUCAAAGACGUGGCCAAGGCCCUCUCAGAUCUCAUUGGUGCUACCAAGGGAGCUGCCAGCAAGCCUGCCGACGACCCCUCCAUGUACCAGCUCAAGGGGGCUGCCAAGGUGAUGGUGACCAAUGUCACCUCCCUCCUCAAGACCGUGAAGGCAGUGGAGGACGAGGCCACUCGGGGCACACGGGCACUAGAGGCCACUAUCGAGUACAUGAAGCAGGAGCUCACGGUAUUCCAGUCAAAAGAGGUACCUGAGAAGACGUCUUCACCUGAAGAAUCCAUCAGGAUGACCAAAGGCAUCACCAUGGCAACGGCCAAAGCUGUGGCCGCUGGGAACUCUUGUCGACAGGAGGACGUGAUAGCCACUGCCAAUCUGAGCCGGAAGGCCGUGUCGGACAUGUUGACCGCCUGCAAGCAAGCUUCCUUCCACCCUGACGUCAGUGAGGAGGUGCGCACCAGAGCCUUGCGGUAUGGGACGGAGUGCACCCUCGGCUACCUGGACCUCCUGGAGCACGUCUUGGUGAUUCUUCAGAAACCAACACCAGAACUCAAGCACCAGCUGGCUGCUUUCUCCAAGCGCGUGGCUGGCGCCGUGACUGAGCUCAUCCAGGCAGCAGAGGCCAUGAAAGGAACAGAGUGGGUGGAUCCCGAAGACCCAACCGUCAUUGCAGAAACAGAAUUACUGGGGGCUGCAGCAUCCAUUGAGGCUGCUGCUAAGAAGUUAGAGCAACUGAAGCCAAGAGCAAAACCGAAACAAGCGGACGAGACCCUGGAUUUUGAAGAACAGAUCUUGGAGGCUGCUAAAUCCAUUGCUGCUGCCACGAGUGCCCUGGUCAAAUCGGCCUCAGCAGCCCAGAGGGAGCUGGUGGCCCAAGGAAAGGUGGGUUCCAUUCCUGCCAAUGCUGCGGACGAUGGACAGUGGUCGCAGGGCCUGAUUUCUGCCGCCCGGAUGGUGGCAGCCGCGACCAGCAGUCUCUGCGAGGCAGCCAAUGCCUCAGUGCAGGGACACGCCAGCGAGGAGAAGCUCAUCUCAUCUGCCAAGCAGGUAGCUGCAUCCACGGCUCAGCUGCUUGUGGCCUGCAAGGUGAAGGCUGAUCAGGAUUCGGAGGCCAUGAGGCGGCUACAGGUAAUGGUCACUGAUGCUGGUGGGAAAAUACUCCUGUUGGAGCGGGCAGCAGGAAAUGCUGUGAAAAGAGCCUCAGACAACCUUGUUCGUGCAGCCCAGAAGGCAGCAUUUGGCAAAGCUGAUGAUGACGAUGUUGUAGUGAAAACAAAGUUUGUAGGGGGCAUUGCUCAGAUCAUCGCCGCCCAGGAGGAAAUGCUGAAGAAGGAACGAGAACUGGAAGAAGCAAGGAAAAAACUGGCCCAGAUCCGCCAACAGCAGUAUAAAUUCCUACCCACCGAGCUGAGGGAGGACGAAGGAUAAGGCCAGAGCCAGGGGUGCGCGCCCCAGGGGACGGCCGCGCGCGAACUGGAUAGACAGCGGUCCUGGGAGGCCGGGCACUGCCCAGGCACCGCCCACCUCCCCCUGGGGCGAGCCCGGGCCUGAGCACUCGGGCUCCCUCCGCUGUGCCGUCAGGCACCAGCUGCAUGAUCGUGAUGUCGCACGGUACAGUGAGUGCCCCCCACAGCUCCUCCGCCGCCUCCCCCCACCUCACGCAUCUCAGGAGAGAGGGGCGCGGGCUCACGGACUGGUACCAAAACGAAGGCAGUAUUACGUCGCCCUCGGACACUCGUGUUCCUGUCGGUCCUUCCCUAGGCCUGCUGCUGGGCCUGCUGUGAAAUCUUAAUAGGAAAAAACGAAAACAGCUCGGGGGAAAUCAUUAAUGCCAUAGAUACUCAAAGAUCUUCUCCCUCUCAGGCGAAGGUGGACAUUGGAGUUGGACACAGUUCAUAAAAGCCAGAAACAUAAACCAGUGUGGACUCCAGGAGGGCAGCUCAGGCCUUCCUGCCUGUCACUAGCACUGGUUCACCCGGAGGGUGAACAAUACCUGCUCCUGUUUGCACGCUUUUUUGCCUCCGUGUGUAAGCUCCUUGUACAAUCUAGCUCCAACUUGUAUUCUGUGGCCCAGAAAAUUGAAUGAUUUUUUUCCCUCCAUAAUCCAAAGGACAGAGGCAUGGGGGACUGCCAGGGCUCAGUGAGCAGGGGCUGUAAUAAAAUGUGUGGGCUCCUUACUCUGCAGAGGCUGUUUGAGUUCAUACAAAUUCAUCCACAUAAACCCAGGUCCUCCAGGUAGCAGUCAAUACAGCAGCCCCCACCUUAGGCAUUCAAACUGAGGGUUCAACUCCAGUAAAGCCAUUCCUUGGUCACCCUGUCUUCUAGGUCCCAUAUCAGAUUUUCUGCUCUCAAAAUGGUCAGCAUUCAGAAUUCUGUUUAAAAAUCUGUCACCCACUCUCUAACCCAAGAUGGAUGUUUUCUCUAUGUCCUGAUAGUCCUAAAACCUACAUGCGUUCUAACACCAUAAUGAAUUUUUAACAACAUAGUUUUGCUAAUUAGCCCAUCUUAAAAGUGAUGACAUACGGUAUUUUCAGAGUUUGUUUUCUGGAUGCCACAGUUCAAGAAUCUUAUAUUUCCCACGCCCACCUCCUUUCUCUUUUCAGAGCCCUCUCCUUGGAAGGGCAUUUUAAGACUUUUUUGAGCCUUGUCCCAAGACAGUAUGUGAAGGAUGAAUGGCUUGUGGGAUAGCUACUAAUGCCAGGUAGCAGGUGUCUUUGAAAAAAAUUUAAUUGAGGGAAGACAGUGGUGAUGAAGGUAUGUGGUUUUUUAAAGCUGGUAACUGUUGACAGCAGUCAUCCUCCACUUAUCCAGUCCUGUGUUCUCACAUCUCAUAUUUCAUUCACAGGAUAGCUUGAAUAUUCCACCCAGGGAAAAGAUGAUGCUUUGGUUCUCAAAAAGAAUCACCUGUAGACCUUGCCCAAUGGUCCUGCUUUAACAGACCCUGGCCCAUGCCAUGGUUGUAAAAUGCAGUUAAACUUUGGAUGGCUCCUCCUCUUUAUAAGAGACUUGUAAGUCCUCCACAUAGAAUUUUUUCCCAGGCAAGUAGGAAGCUACAAGAAAUACAGUAUAAAUGAGAAGCAAGUGGAGAGAGUCUGUAGAGAGCUAGGGAUGAAGGAAUCAACCCUGAAGAAGAGGGAGCUGGCUGGGCUCUACCAUCUAAUGGGAGAAACUAACAAAUUUGUGGCUCGCCCUGCUCAAGUGUGGCCAGCACAAGUCUUCACUGCUGUCUGGGCUGCACCCUGUCGUUUCUUAGCCCGUGGACUGGGGGCUGUCUCCAAGAAUCCCUUUGCAGGUGGGCGUAGCAUGCUUUCUGAGACUCUUAGGAAUCAGAUCCAGAGGCUCAGGAUCUAGAUGUGCUAAUGGCCUCACAUAGCAGGCCUCUGGGGAGCCCCACCACACCCCACCAUCACCUCCUUGUCUUCCAGGCUAUGUGAUUGCUCCUCCCCUUCCAGCUGUCCUGGGUCACAGCCUGGCAUCCCAGGAGCCAGCCAGUGAGUUCUGUGUCCCUGCCUCAGAGUCGUUUAAAACCUGUCCUGAGUUUGAUAAUCAGAAAGCCAGGUGGAAGGCCUGCCCUUUUUAAACUCCAAAAAACAGGUACGGAACAAAGUUGAUUUUGUAGGACCUGGGUGAAUGUCCUCCAUCCGGCAUGUUCUGCAGCUGUGAGCAUUGGGGAAGCUGGUUCCCCACCUGGCGUGUUGCUGGUUUUUCAUCUGCCCCUCCCCUGUCCACCCUGUGCCACAUACGUGAGUGGCCUCAUGACUGACUUGGUCUCUCCCCAUUUCAUGAAAUGGGGGAAAGGCUGUGCUUCGGGCAUGAUGUAAUAGGUGCUCCUGUAGGUGUGCCCGGAUGGCAGCAAGGGAGGGAGGGUUCUGGUUUUCCUUCAAAGGGAAAUAUGAAUUUGGGGGGAGUGGGUGUGAAUUUUCAUUUCAGAGCAUCUAACAAGAGAGUGGUUUCAGAUGAAAAAUGGUUCCAAGCCUGGAGAAUAAAGAUGCCUCUCUGUGUGAAGGGGGAGUAGGUAUGUAGGUGUGUGCCCCACGAGAGGAACUGACAGGAAACUUGAACUGAUCUGAAGGUCAAAAAAAGGAACCUGAACUGGAGUUCAGAACUGCCAGGUGAUUGGGGAGUUUGGGCUUUGCUUGGUUCUGCCUUUCAGAAGUCUUUGAGUAAGAAUGCUCAAGCCAAUUCGGUUGAACAAGCAGCUCUUGUUUAAGUUGCUGGCGUCGGGUCAGGUGCAGGCCAGGUGAUCAGUGCCAGCAGGAACCUUGGGUUGUAGGCACCUUUCAGUCCGGUGUUGUGAGCCCCCCAGGCCGCCGGCAGAGCACUUACAUGGUUAAGAGAUGAGCCCUGUGUGCUUUAUCCCAGAAAGCCCCUUAGGGCUUCUCAUGGAUUCUCCCUGCUUGCGUUCUAGGUGUGUUGUUAGUGAGUUUACAGACAACCAAAGCGUAUUCCAUAUUUCUCAAAAUGUUACAACCAAAAUUCACCCAGGAGAGUGAACCCUACCACCCACGUGUUCCCAAAGCCACAACCUCACGCAGGAGCCAGGCAGCAGGGUGAUGUGGUGAGCAAGCCUGCUUCCUCCAUGGGUGUGAACCCCCAGGUAUCCCCCAGCGCUGAGGUUCUGGACACUGGCUGGGCCCCCAGGGAUCGGGCUAUCUGCUCCCAGCACAGGCUAUCCAUAUGUUUCAGCACUCGGACCCCUGGAGGAGGCAGCCUCUGCUGACCGAGGUGAUGGCCAUCUCUCAGAGCCUUGAGGGGAGCCCAAGGAACUGGGGGAUAUUCACUUCAGGCUCAGAGGCAGUAGAAUUAAAAAACCCAGUGGUCCUGAGAGCUUAUCAGCAACUCAAGUCCCACCUCAGCACAGCCUCCUCCAAGUGCUGGCCUCAGGAUGGCCUCUGGUGGAGCAGGCAUCUUCCCCUACAGAGUCCCCAGGCGCCAUAUUUAAAUGUCCCUGAGAUGACUGCUCCAUCCUUCUGAGCAUCUGCUCGGUGUGUUAUGUUCACGGGCAUUAGGAACAGGCAUGUGACAGAGCAUCUGUGAACUGAAGAAACAAACACUACAAAGAGAGAGUUCUUCUCUAUAAAGAGGUUUGGCUUUGCCUUCCUCAGAGCCCCCCUCCCACCCCCAUAGGCGUCCCAGUCGUGUGAGCAGCUCCUGAUUCCACAAAGCAUGCAGCUGGGUCUCCGUUGGCUACCUUCUUUCCAAGCUGAUAAAGCUGCAAGGAAGUGGGAUAGCCGAGUUCUGCCCUGGGUCGUAAUGUCUUGAUUGAUCUGGUCACAUAAAUUAUUUUUUUUUAUUAUUCACCAGAAAUAAACUUGUAAAGGACUGAA